GCUUUGCUCUGCAAUUUACUUUUGCUUCGCUUUUUUUUGGUUUUCGGCAUAUUGCUCGGUUAUUUGUAGAGUCUAACUUCGCUAUGUUUUCUUGGAUUCGGCUCCUCGGAGCCCUUCUUCUACUUGCCUCUGUGGCCCACGCGCAGUUCCAGUUCUUUGAGCAUAUGUUUGGAGGUGGCGGCGGCGGUGGUGGUGGUCACCAGGGUCGUCAGCAGGCGGCGCAGAAUGUUCCGAGUGAUAGCUCGCGGUAUCAGAGUCAGUGGGAUUCAGCCCAUUGUGAUAAAUACCUCUGUCCUGGUACCCUCGCAUGCGUCCAUUUCCCACACCAUUGCCCGUGUCCGCAUCCCGAUGUCGAAGAGAAGGUUGAGCUUGGCGAAGGAAGUGCCGUUUGUGUGUCGAAGGGAGGUUACAAGGCGGGUGAGGCGGCGCGGAAGAUUGAGUUGGCGCGCAAGGGUCUUUUGUGAUUGAGUUGUCGCAAGAGGUGGUGUAACUUUUUCGGCUGGAUUUGGAACUACUGGUGUCUGUGUUGGUGCUUAUCGGCUCUGGAUAUGUCUUGGGUAUCCUGCUGCUUAGGGUUACUAUUGAGACCUGCGCGUUGAACUGCGUCGCGGUUAAAUGGCUCUUGCAGAAUUAUUGCAUUGUUUGUGUCAAAGCGCUCUCGGAUAUCGCAAAGACGGCUGCUUUUGUGCUAUGAAUGGCCAGCAGCUCGAAUUCCGGGUCAUCGCCUUGCGAUUGGGUUGUUGAUCAGAGGCACCAAACCGUACCUGAUUCACACGUUCUGGGCAUCUGCGCUUACUUCUUUGCGUGGUUACAGUAAAUAAUGUGCAUUCCAAUGUC